AUGACCUCACCAGAGGAUAUCGUCAUGGGAGACGAGAGAGAAGAGACCGCUCAGCCUCAAGUUCCUUUCACGUUGGAGGAAAAUAUCUCUCAGCUCAAUGCCAUCGACAAAUCCAUGGUCCAGCUUAUGAACCACACAGCCGCUGCGCUCGGCGCCCUCACAACGCCGGAAUCAUCCAGCGACAGCAGCGCUCCAGCAUCAGUAGACUCGGCGGCACAAAAGGAGGUAUUUCGACAGGCAACAGAUACUUUUCUGAGUACACUUCACAGCAUCGAUGUACGAAUGAAGCGACAGAUUCUCGCGCUUGAAGAGGCGGGCAUCGUUAACCUUUCUUCUGGCGCACCCCGUCAAGGCCCUAAUCCUAGUAUCAAGCCGUCUCUCAAGCCUAAUGGAGUUGGAGCCAUUGGAAAUCUCGAUGUUGGAUGGCUAAACAGUCGAGGAACAAAGGUGGAGCGAGAUAUGGAGCUGGAGCUGUGGAAACGGACUCGGGAGAUUCUUGAAAAAGAUGAUGGCAAUAUCAAGAAGGAAUAA